AGGGCCUCGUCCUGCCUCGCGUGGGGGCCGUGCGCACCUGGGCCGGGGCCCCGGCGGCUGACCAUGGUGCUGCCGCCCCCAGACCGGCGCCACGUGUGCCUGACCACGCUGGUGAUCAUGGGCAGCAUGGCCGUCAUGGACGCAUACCUGGUGGAGCAGAACCAGGGCCCGCGCAAGAUUGGUGUGUGCAUUAUCGUGCUGGUGGGAGACGUUUGCUUCCUGCUGGUGCUGCGCUACGUGGCCGUGUGGGUGGGCGCCGAGGUGCGCACUGCCAAGCGCGGUUAUGCCAUGAUCCUCUGGUUCCUCUACAUCUUUGUGCUGGAGAUCAAACUCUACUUUAUCUUCCAGAACUACAAGGCCGCGAGGCGUGGUGCAGCCGACCCAGUGGCCCGCAAGGCGCUGACGCUGCUGCUGUCGGUAUGCGUGCCCGGCCUCUUCUUGCUGCUCGUGGCGCUUGACCGUAUGGAGUAUGUGCGCACCUUCCGCAAGCGUGAAGACCUGCGCGGCCGCCUCUUCUGGGUAGCCCUCGACCUGCUGGACCUGCUGGACAUGCAGGCCAACUUGUGGGAGCCACCGCGCACCGGGCUGCCGCUGUGGGCCGAAGGCCUCACCUUCUUCUACUGCUACAUGUUGCUGCUAGUGCUGCCGUGCGUGGCGCUCAGCGAGGUCAGCAUGCAGGGCGAGCACAUAGCGCCACAGAAGAUGAUGCUGUACCCGGUGCUCAGCCUCGCCACCGUCAACGUGGUAGCAGUGCUGGCGCGCGCUGCCAACAUGGCGCUCUUCCGUGACAGCCGCGUCUCUGCUAUCUUCGUCGGCAAGAACGUGGUGGCGCUGGCCACCAAGGCCUGCACCUUCUUGGAGUACCGCCGCCAGGUGCGCGACUUCCCACCACCUGCGCUUGCGCUGGAACUGCAGCCACCUCCGACGCAGCGCAACUCUGUUCCGCCGCCUCCGCCGCUGCAUGGCCCGCCUGGGCGCCCCCAUGGGCCCUCGCCUACCCGUGAGGCACUGGACACGUGACAGGGCCCUGCUGUACCCCAGGGCGCAGAGACGCUGGGCCAACCUGGCCUGGUUUGCAUGGGAUGGGGUGGGGCUGGCAGCCCUCAGGGGCCAGUGCGGUGCAGGGCCGCGGCCGCUUCUUCAUCUCAGGAAUCCCUUGGACCACGGACCCUCAGUCCCCACUGCGCCAGCCCACCCCAACGCGGAACAGUUUUCGAGGCUUGAGCCCAGUGGAGGUGACCUGGCCUCUGCCUGCUGGGCCUGCCCCUUGGGUGGGAAGGGAGGGCAGAGUGUGACGAUAUCUGGUCCCUUGGUGGGGGUCUCUGGCUCAGAGUUCCGGGCCAAGGAGGCCUCUGUCAUUUUAAAGACUCGCGUUUACAGUUUUGUAUCCAAAGCC